GACCCAUCACGGUCAUGGUGACCCAGGGAGGACUCUCCCAGCGACCGAUCCGUAUCCCCUCGAUCAGGAUAUAUCUAUGCCAAUAGGCACUUUUCGGAGCCAUUUUGCCUUCACAACUACCUUCGGAGUGGCAUAACUUAAAGAAAAUUGUCAUAGAUUUCUUUCCUUCCUAAAUCUUAACGAACAUUUUAGUGUCAUCCAAGCAACGGUUCUAGGCAAUAAAGAGAGUCCGCUGAAUCCAAAACAGCGUGAGAAUUUUAAGAGGUCCUGUCGAGGCCGGUUGUUGAAUGCCCAACUCAUUCCUUUGCUUUCCGAAUCCCCAUCCCGAACUGCGAAUCAACCUUUGAGGCGCCCACUGUCCUCAGCUCUUGGAAGAAACCCCCUAUACCCUCAUAUCAUAACCAGAGCCAUGUCGUUCGAUCUCUGUCUCUAUCUUCUGAACCGAAACUACUCGUCCUGGUCCCUCCGACCCUGGCUGGCGAUGCGGGUUCUGAAGAUCGAGUUUGAGACCGUGAUGCUGAUCGUUGGAACACCGGAGAUUCCAGACCUGGGCCUGCCUGCUGCCGACGAAUUAAUGCGUCGCGCGGGUCCUACUUCGAAGGUCCCCGCUCUUCAUGUGUCAAAGAGAGCUGGUGGCGAAAAGCACAUUAUUUUUGAAUCGAUUGCGAUCAUGGAGUAUCUAGCUGAAGAUUAUCCACAGCUCUGGCCCAGCGACCGAUAUGAGCGUGCCUAUGCCCGCUCACUUUCCGCAGAGAUGGCGACCAGCUUUGGCGCCAUCCGAAACUACGCCAUGAACCUUCGCGAACGACGUGAGUUCGACCCCAAGUUCUACAACGAGAAGGUUGAGAAGGACAUCUACCGUUUAUCCAGCAUCUGGGAGGGUCUGCGCUCCAAGGCUGUUGCCAAGGAUAGCGACGAGGGUUAUCUAUUUGGUCGCUUCACUGCCUUGGAUGCCAUGUAUGCGCCUGUGAUGUUCCGUUUGCGUUCCUAUGGACUGAGACCCAAGAUCCAAGGCAAGCACGCUGCUGCUUAUGUCGAGCACAUGCUGAAGAACGAGUAUAUGAGGGAGUGGGAGGAGCUCGCCUCACACGAGACGGAGAUCAUCCCUCGCGAUGAGCUCUACCCUUCGACGAAGUAGGUUCUUCAACAGCCUGUUUCCUAUUUCUCGACAGCUAUUCCAUCUUCAAAAAUAAAGACUCCUUUUGCACACACCCCGCCAAGACCGCGGUACUACUUGGCCUCACUUUACCUUGCAUGUGUCACUGUACUCAGAAUCCAGACUGGGCCAGAAUCAGAUGCGUAUGAAACGGACCAGCUUGCUGGGAAGGAUCUUGGACCUUCUGUAAUCUUCUUUUGCUCCAAGUGUCGCAACAAAGGCGGUUUCGGCGCAACCAGUCAAUGGACGAGUGGCUUGUCUGUAGGUUUAGUAAGACUCGAGUGCGGAGAGACAGAGCCGGGGGAUCCAAUAAAUGAUCGAAAUGUCGAGGGCCAGGAUUGGUGGCGGCACUUCUGUUGUCUCUGGUUCUUGUGUUGCUAAUUGACCGCGCGCGGUCUUUUUCCGCUUUAGUCCCUCCGUAAUUGGCUAUAUAACACAGCCUGAUGCUCCGGUGUCCCCACUUCUAAA